GCGGGAGGCGGGGGCCCCCUGUUUCACCAGGCAGGCGGCCCGGGAGAAGGUCGGGGGCCCCCUGUGGAGGCGGAAGGGUGGGGGCCCCCUGCGGACGCGGGAUACGCAGCGGGUGAGGUGGAGGCGGAAGCGUGGGGGCCCCCUGCGGAGGCGGGAUGCCCCGCGGGCGGGAGGGCGGGAGGCGGGGGCCCCCUGUUUUCCCCGACGGUAUGCUGGACGCAAAAAUAGUAACCCUCAUCGUAGCGUCGUCCUUACAAGUCUAGGCCUCAGCGCGUACCGGUCUCAAAAAAAAUCUUUCCAUUUCGAAACUAGGUCCCACACGCUCCCCCUCCCC